GUGGGAGAGGCAGAAGCAGGACGUGAUGGGCCUGCAGAAGCAGGCCAUCGAGGCGCAGCUCGCGGAGAGGGGCAGGGAGGCGCGGGAGAGGACGGAGCGGGAGUUCCAGGAGCAGCUCAGCGGCGCCGUCUCGGAGCACCGCCAGUGGAGGGAAGCCGCCCUCGCGUCGCUGAGCGCGCAGUGCGAGCUCGAGCUGCGCGCCGCCGCCGGCCAGAGCGUUCGGGGCGCCGACCUGCUGCCGGGGGGCCUCGUCGACGCGGCCGUGCGCGGGGCCGUGCGGGAGGUGGCCGAGUGGGUCGCGGAGGAGGAGCCGCGUAUCAUCCAGCACUGGACGGAGAGGUGACGUCCGACUGCAUCCAGAGGCUCGACGAGCUGGACGAGGAGCUGGUGGCCGACGCGCAGGUUGGGCAGGUCAGGGCGCUCUCCGACCUGCAGGGGGCGCUGUCCAGGCACCAGGACGCCCUCCUCGCGACCACCAGGGAGAUGCAGGCGGCCGACCUUCGCAGCGCCUGCGCCCUGCAGGCGCCCGCGGCCAGGCGGGUGGUGCGGAGGUCUCACGAGGAGAGGUGCAGAGGCGCUCCGUCGUGGCGGUCAACGCGGGUCUGGAGGUCGCCGAGAGGAGGUUGGAGGAGGCGGUCUCGGAGGCCCAGGCCGCCAGGGAGAGGCAGCGGCAGAGGGCGCUCGAGCGGCUGGACGACGCCGCGAAGUACGAGGCGAGGCACGCCAUCGUCUACAAGAAAACCGCGACCAGGAUCGGGCCCGGCCUGCAGGCCGACUUGGCCGCGCGGCUCCGGCAGCUGGCCGAGGAGGGGCGCCAGCGGCUCUGGUCGGCCCAGGCCGACGCCCCUGGCCAGGGCGGGCGUGGCGGGUGCGGCGGGCGCGGCGCCGGGCCGCGGCCCCCCGGGCGGCG